AACUUUUUCUUCAGAUGAUGGAACAAAGCAAGUAACUAAAUUCUCCGAUCCAUGGAAUGUAGUCACCUCUGCUUGACUGGCUGAUGGCGAGAUGCAGCUGAAACGGCGGCUAAGGUCACUCUUUGGCUGCUGUGUGGCGUGCUCAACAAUCCAGCCUUGUUGUUCUAGGGAAUCUUCUUUGCUUGUUCUUGAGUUUGCUGAAAUGAAAAAAAUCCACGUAGCAUGAUGCAGAGGAUAAGAAGCCAAUAGAGCAGCAAGCUUGGCCUAUUGCAGGCGGCGGUCGGUAAGGCCUAGGUCUAGGUGGUGAUGCAUCCAAGGACCUGAUGACUCAGCAGCAGCAGCAGCUUGAUGAUGAUGAUGAUGCUGAUAGCGGCCGGGCGGGCAGGCGCCUCCCAGCAUUGACCGCCCCCGACCACGUGCUCAUCGCCGCGCCCGCCACCACUACGCCCUCCACCCCCUCUAGUCGUCUUCUUCCACGAUCCCCAUCCCCAUCCACGCGCAGGCAGCAAGACCACGGCAGGCAGGCAGGCAGGCACACGUAUAUAUCCAUCUCCACCUCUCCACCCGGCCUCAUCCUCACCGCUCCUCGCUCGCUUUGCUCAUUCAUUAGCUGCUGCUAGAGCUCCGAUCCUCUGCUUCCUUCUCUGCUUCUCUCCCACCCUUCCUUUGCCACCUCCAAACCAGCAUCGGAAUCAGAUGGACCUGCAGGCGGAGCUGCGGCGCCCGGCGGCCCACGAGGCGGCGCUGAGGGCCGUGCAGAAGCCGCCCGCCAAGCCAUGGCGCGGGGGGUCCUCCGCCGCGACCCCGCCGCCGCCGCCCAAGGUGUACCGCGUCGAGCCACGGGAGUUCCGGGACCUCGUGCAGAGGCUCACCGGCGCGCCGCCCGCGGCCGCGGCCAGGGGCGACGUCAUGCGGCCGCAGCAUCAUCAGGUGGCGGCGGUGCAGCCGGUGCCCGUCCGUGCUUCAGGGGAUCAGCAGCAGCAGCAGCAGCUUUACGGCUCGCCGUGGUUCUCGUUCCCGCUGGCCGGGGUGGACGGCGCCAACGGCGGCGGCGGCCUCAUCUAGUCAGUCAGCCGGUGAUGACUUAAGGAUGCAACAAGACAAAGCUUUCUCCUUUUCUUCUUCUUCUUGGUAUCUUGGUUAGUUUGUUUUGCAAGGAAGGAAGGAAGGGAGGGAAUCGACUGCACAAUCAAGUGUAGCGAUGGAGCAUAAUCUUUUAUUAGCCGUUCGUUGUUGGAUUAUUACAAGUCGUAGCAGCAGCCACCCUGCAAUAGACAGGCAGACAGGCAGACACAUAGAUGAUGUUCAAUAAUAGUGUCAUAGUCGUAUACUUAGCUCUGUUAAUUACCACAGUACCAGUGUUCAUACUUCAUAGACAGUCGUAGCACUGUAACAGGUGUGAUUAAUGUACUCUAUGUGGGAAGGUGUUGUAGCCCACCUGCUGAAAACAAACUUUUUUUUUUCCGUUUC